AUGUUCUACUCGCAGAUCAUCUUGGCCAAGAAAGGGCCACUGGGCAAGAUAUGGCUCGCGGCGCACUGGGACAAGAAGCUCAACAAGCAGCAGAUCUUCACGUCGGACAUCCACAGCUCUGUCGAGAGCAUAGUGCACCCGCAAGUGCCGCUCGCGCUGCGCGUGUCGGGCCAUCUGCUGCUCGGCGUCGUGCGCAUCUACUCGCGCAAAGUCAAGUACCUCUACGCCGACUGCAGCGACGCACUGGUGAAGAUCAAGUUGGCGUUCCGGCCCGGGGUCGUGGACCUGCCGGCGACGCUGCAUCAGGCCGCCCCGCAAGCCAUUAAUGUCGCGCACUUUGGCGACUUUUUGGACGCGGACGUGGCGUAUUCGAUUGAUGCAAUUGCUGUGCCGUCGCUGGACGAGUGGAUGGCUGCAUCGAGCCAGACAGUGACGAGGCGUCAGGACAUUACCCUUGCGGAUCCACUGGACAGCAGGAGGUUGGAACGAGAUGCGAUUGCGAUGGAAGAUUCGUUUGGAGGCGGCGACGGCAGUGAUUGGCAGGCGUUUGAUCUCGAUGACAACUUUGGCAGCUUUGGACUAGACGCGAGUACUGUCAGUGACAUUGAGAUCGCACGCGAUGCCGAUGCCCCCAUGUUGCCGCCAGAUGACUCUGGGCUGUUGAAUACCAGCGACAAAUUCGUGGACAAAAGCGCUGUGCUAACGGAAGAAGAGCCGCAGGAAUUUGGGCUCAACGACGCGUCGUUUGAAAUGCCUGGCGACGACAAAAUGGAGAUGGGUGAUCCUCUUGACGACCCGGCAAAUGUCAGUGGCCGGACUAUCGAUAUCAGCACGGACAUUCCUGGAAGCAUCGAUGGCUCGACGCGUGCGUCGCUGGAUGCUGCAUUGGCCAAUGUGCAAGUGGAGACGAAAAGGCUCAAGAAACGACGAAAACUUGCACGUGACAGCGUCACGGAACUUACCUCGGCAUACUUGAAGCAGGGCAUGGCAGAUGCUUCCGACAUUACCCGCACGCGGGAAAUCACGUAUGGUAAGACGGCAGAGCACAAGAGCGACUUCGACUUGCAGGUGAGUGCAGACAUGUUCGCUCGACCGUGCAUGGUCCACAUGUCGGACAAGCUGCUGAGUAUGUUCAAGUACACAAUGAAGAAGCGAAAGUUCCCGUUUGGCUCCAAGCAGAAAGAGUCUGACCACGUGGAGGAUAUCGAGCUGACUCGGCGCAUGAGCUCAACUUCACGUAUGAGCUCGAACUCGACUGGUUUAGAUGUGACGAUGGGGUCGUGCGACGGUUCUAUGCUGCAUGACGCCGACGAUGAAAACCGAUUCGAGUUUGCCGACAUGGGCCUAGCCGAACCUGAACACCUCGAUGAGGCUUUUCCGGACUACGAUAUGGGAGCACCGUUUGAGCCUCAAGAUCAAGACCUCGAAGAUUUGAACGUGGAUAUCGAGCUAGGUGCUGUGAACGACAUUCGAAGCGAUGCGCAGGACGGUGCCGCCCUUGACCACACGGAUGCUUCGACAGCUCAGCACAAGUGGCAUCCACACACUGUAAAGGUGAUGAAAGUGCUGCGAACGUCGCUUCACAAGAACGAGGAGGUCACGUACAAGCAGCUAACGAAGAAGACUCAAGACCGGCGGACAGCUGCCGCGCUCUUCUUCGAGCUCCUGCAGCUGAAGACUCUCGACUAUGUGGACGUGGAGCAAGCUGCGCCUUACGCUGAUAUCAAGAUCUCGAAGGCUGCUCGGUUCUCGGAGCACAUCCCGGCUGUGGAUCGUGACGCUAGCUGA